GCCGCCGCCGCCGCUGCGGCCACUACCGGCCCGCGUCACGCGCGCCGCCACGCCAAGACCCGCAGGAGACCCCGGCCCAAGAUGCUGGAGGGGAUCCGGGUCACCGAAAAGCUUCACUGGCCCGAACAAGAAUCGACUAAUAAGUCCCUUCUGAGCCCCGGAGAGAAGCUGAUCAUUGACUGUGAAGACGACGUUUCGCACUUGGCCUCUGGAAUACUAAAAGAUAUCUUCACAACUGGAACCAGCAGCUACAAUGUCCUGCUCCAGUCCAAAGAGGAGAAGAAGAGCCAGCUCCACAAGCCGUCGUCCCCGGCCCGCCACCGGCGGCACCGAAAGCCUGGCCGGUCUCCCGGCUCCCCGCGUGGGAAGGAGCAGAACCCCCGCAAGAUCAAGGCACCCGGGCCCCUGGAUGAUGGUAGCUGCUGCUGCCUGAGCAAACAGCCUUCCGUCUUUGUCAGUAACCCGCUGCCCGGCCACGUCAGGUUCUCCAGCAGCUUCGCUGUGAGCGGAAGCAGCCUGACCCCCAAGCCCAAGCCCAAGGCCAAGGGGCACUACCUCUCUGCGCUGGCCAAGCCCAAACAGCCUCCCCCAGUGCCCAAGAACUUUGAGAAGGGAGACGACCCUGCCAGGAAGCUCUGCAUCCUGACGGCCAUCAAACCCACCAACCUGGACAGAGAGAAGGCCAAGUUCUUCAAGGCCGAGUUCGCCUAUGACCCUCAGUUCGAAUAUGCCAACCCCACCGUGCCCGCCGUGCUGGCUAAGCACGGCCAGGCGUCCGACCGCUUCCUGAAGCAGUCUGUCAAUAUUAUGGAAAGAACUUUACAGAGAUAUGGGAGUUAUGAAAAUUUUGAACAGGCUACCGGAGGUUGCUUGUUGUCUAAAACUCGCAUCUGGAGUCACGUGAGGAAGUAUAUGACCAAGGAAGGCUGCCUCGGGGAGAUUGUGGUUCAUCUCACUGAAGAUCUGCUGUCCCGAGCAUCAAUGACGGUGGUCAACGGUUGUCCAACCCUGACCAUCAACGUGUCCACUGCCCGUGAGCACUGGCUGGAGGGGAUGCUGAGGCACGAAAUAGGCACACACUACUUUCGUGGGAUCAACAAUCUUCAGCAGCCGUGGAGCAAUUGGACGGGCCGUAAAAAAUAUGGCCUGCGGCCCAAUAACCCCACGGAGGAGGGGCUGGCCAGCAUCCACAGCGUGCUCUUCCGAAAGGACCCACUCCUGUGGAGGGCUGCUCUCCUGUACUACACUGUCUACCAGGCCAGCCAGAUGUCCUUCAGCCAGCUCUUCCAGGACGUCGGAAAAUUUGUCAAGGACCCCAACACACGGUGGGAUUACUGCGUACGAGCCAAAAGAGGCUGGACUGACACUUCACAACCCGGUUGUUUCAAUAAAGACCAAGUCUACCUGGAUGGCAUUCUCCAAAUCUUGAGAUACAGAGACUCCAUUGACUUUCACUUGCUGACUACACUGGGCAAGGUUUCCUUUGAGGACGUGGAGCGCUUGAAGACGCUGGCCGUCACGGAAAACCUGAGGGUCCCGCAUUUCCUGCAAGACAACGAACGGUACAUGGAACAGUUACAGAAAAUCAUGGAUGUGAAUGAGCUAACGGACAAGGAGCUCCAAGAUCUCAUCUACUAGCAGCUGCCGCGCCUCUAGGGCGCCACGGCCGUGCCGGGGCUGGGGUCAGACACUGUAUAAAGUAAACAGCGAUUUAUUCUGGGUUUUCAGUGAGGAUGAUCUGCAGUAUUCAGCAAUGUUUUUUAAGUGUGUUAAAAUAUAAACCUGAAACAGUUUCCCCGAAAUGUUUCUUUAAGGGGGGAAAAGUUCACUCUCUGCUUCCCUUCUGGGUGAAACAGUCCGCCUUCCCCCAUUCCAAUAUCCGGCUCUGCUGAGAACCCAGGCCCAGCUGGGGCUAGUGUUCAAAUGCUGAUUUCUGUUGUCUAGAGACUUUGGCUCUAUCUGCUCCAGAACCGCUUCUGUGUUGUGGUGGAGGGCUGGGGCCAGGUCACCUCACUUUUACCUCCUGGGAAGUCAAAGGAAUGAGUUUUGCCUCCAUCUCACCCCAUUGUCUCAACUAAGCAAGUGUUUCCCUUCCCAGCACCCUGAGCAAAGCUGCCUCUUCUCUUUCUUAAGCAAUACUUAGGGUCUUGGUUGGGGGAGGGCUAUAGGAGAGGGAGAGGGGUUGUCCUAAGUGCAAGCUCAUAAAUGCUGACUAGUUGCAUCGAUAUCAGAAAUGGGGGGGAGGGAGCUUUUUAUUAAAAGGAAUUUCUACUUGGUAUGGGGAAAAACAGAAACUGCUUUUCGUAUGGGGUAUUCAGUCUGGUUUCAUGCAGCCGUGUAAUCUCGAGAUGGACCGCAGUGGCAGAGCCAGCUGUCGCCCUGUCCUGACCCCAACUGUCCAACUGUGGGAUUGUGGGAGAAGUGCCCGUUUUCCUAGUACAGGCAUUUGGGGUGAUUCACACUUGACUGAAGAAAUGGCCGCAAACCGGCUAGGGCUGCUGGCCUUGGUUUGAGAAACGGUCUUGUUUUCAGAAACUGGAGGUAGCUCUCCCAGCUACAGUUGAUGUCAUGUUCAGCUUGGGAAGGUGAUUGAAGUGUGUCUUUCCUCCCUGCCCCAGUCCUUGGACCAAUCCCUUCAAGUGCCCACAGUGGCCACAGUAUGAGCAUGCAGGGCCUCUUCCCCAGCCGCAAACAAACGUUAAUUUGUUACCAGGAUGCAUGAGCUUUGGGAAGAAGAAAGCCUGUCUUCUGAUAAGAGGGCUUCUAUAAGACUGUGCACAGGGAAGAAAGCCAGAGUAACGCUUGACCCUGCCCUGCCCUGCCCUGCCAGAUGAAGACAGUGUACUUGAUAUGUAGGAUCAAUCCCUUUGACAACAAAAGCCUUUAUUUUUUCGGUCAACACAAUCACUAUUGUGACGGAUGCCCACAAGCCGGGCUCACCUGUGUCUCCUUUCUUUCUCCACAGCCCUUAGCGUGCUUUGCUACCAAAAUCGAGAGGGCACAUUCUUAUUCCAAGAUACUGGGCACAUUCAGAAAAAAAAAAUGAACUGUAACUAUCCUGGAGAAUGUUUGGGGGGACGAUGAGUUUAGAUUUCAACAAAUCAUUGGCUCGGUCAUCAGAUGCAUAUGGAAUUGGGUAAAGGACUGCGCCCACAGAAUUGACAUUAAUGGCAUCUCUCAUGGAGGGCCUCGAGGCCCGGUCAUUGGCCCCGGGCCAUUUACCAUCCCAUAAGGGACUCCACUCUGGGAAGAUGCCAAGAGAGCUCACCCAGCUGCAGCUUUGGCCUGGGUCUAAGGAAGAGACAGCUGGCUUCCCAAAUAUGAGAUGGGAGAAAUAUGGAGGGAGAGUUUGUUUGGAAAAGAUAACCAAGGUUUAAUGGACAGCAAGUUCACUAUGUGCCAAAGUGUAAUGGUGGUCAAAAGGCUAAUGCAAUGUUUGUCUCCACUGAGAAGCAUUGUGUGUGUACAGAAUAUGGGGAGGGGAGUGAUGGUCCCACUGUGCUCCAGCCUGGUCAGGCCAUACUGGAGUAUUGUCUUCCAUCCUGAGCAUGGCCUUUUAGAAGUGGCAUUGAACAUCCACCAGAAGCCAGCCAAGACCAGGAAGGUGUCUAGAUCAUGUCCAAAGAAGAUCAGUCGAAAGACAUUGGCUUAGCCAUCUUCAAGUGUUUGGAAGAGGACUUAGCUCAUUGUAAGGAAACGCUUGUAAUAGAGCUCUCCAAAAAUGGAGUGGGCCUCCUCUCUGACACAGACAAAGGGCCUGAGCUGGAGGUGGGAGACCUCCCGUGCUGGAGAGCUGGGCCACUGGAGACAUACUGGCAUUGACGUCAGUCAGCUGGGCUUCUUGAAAGGUCUAACUGUGCACGCGUGAAGACCUCUGAAGUGAACCUUGGCAGGCAUAGACAGGACCUUUGGAGCCAGGAGACUGGAAUGCCCAUGCAUGUUGUUUGUGGUUUAAUGGGCCCACGCACCUCCAUGUGUGUAAAUGGGCACACCUGGAUAGAUUCCCAAAGGACAUUGUGGUAGGAAGUGACGCUUCAAAAAGGCUCCACCAAGCAGAGUCUUCCUGGGCGAGAGUCAACUAUUCUACCAGCUUCAGACGCUCUGAGUUACCUCAGACCUCAUUUAAAACUGACAUGAGGCACUUCCCACUUGAAAGAACAGAUUGAAAUGUGGGCCGAAAGGCAGAUGCUGAUGAUCCAGGAUCGGUGGAAACACUCAUGUGUUUAGCAUUCCCGAGCAAUACCAUUGCUAAUCUCAGCGUUUUACAGAGUAAAGAAAAAUCACAGCAGCCUUAAUUUUCUAGCUCUAAGAUUAAAUAGAAUGAAACCCUUUAGCCUCUGCAGUUUUAAACAGGCAUUCUCUCCUUCUGCCUUAAUGGUUUUAAAAGUAAAAUCGAGAUCCAUUAUGAGGAGAAACUUACUUUGGGAUCAUGCUCACCAUGUUAAAAUGCAUUCACAAACAGUUCCAAGUGCAGAUGAAUGUUGUCACAUCAGGGGGGCCAUACAAUAAAUAUUUUGAAAUACUUUUCCAUGUGGGAACCUUGUGCUGCACAUCAGAUCCUUUGAACAGACCAUGAGCUCCUUGUCGUGACAGGCUGUACACUUUUGAUUCCUGUUCCUAAAAGGGCCUCCCACUGUCUCAUCCCUUCAAAAGAAGUGUCUGGUCUCCUAGAAGUACAGAAUUCCAGCCGCGGUGCAGAGGGGAAAGAUUCAAGAGCAGAGCCCUUUCAAGGAGAAGCUUUCGUGUGCUGAUUGCGACCCUUUGGCCCAGUUUAUUGUCAUUUUGGGAUUCAGUCUUUCCUAUCGCAUAUGCCAGUGUUUCCUGAAGUCUCUCUCUCAACGGAUUGUGCUUUUGAAGUAUCUAAAAAUUUGUUCAUUUAAGCAGAAUUCUACCAUGCGAAAUACUAGGACCGCCAGCUGCCAGGCUGCAACACCUGACAGGAUUCGAAGUAGAAUUUACGUACAAACACCGUAAACACGGUGAAGUCAAACAAGCCUCAGUGAGCUUUGAUUUAGCAUCUACUCUGUGCCAGCUUGAACACAAUCAUCUGUUGUUUCCUUCUACAUCUUCGUUAAAAUGUUGAAAUCAUGUGAUGUUUGUUUUGUAAACUGUUGAGAUUUGAAGUCGUGACUAGCUGUUAUUAGAAGUAAUCUUGACGUUCUGAAAUAAAGUUCCUGG